AUGGCUGGACAAUCAAAGAGCACAAAAUCCCAAUCUACUGAAAACAUCAUUGUCGCGGCGCUCUUAGAGGGCGGGGCAGAUCCGAACACCGUGGACGAGAUCGGAACUUCGGCUUGCCGUAGGAGCAGUUCAACUCUUUCUGGAUUGCAAUACCCGACCCUGGGCGGUAAUGGGGAAGAAACGCCGCUGCACUUGGCGGCUGCAAAGGGACACCAUGAUAUUUGCGAGCUUCUCCUAAAGCACGACAAGAGCUUGAUACGAUCAUUAUGGACACGCAUGGUCGGACCCAGCUUGGAAGUCGACUCAAAAGAUUAUGCGGAAAACACGCCUUUCGCGUACGCAGUUGAAAAGGGCCAUGACCGGACGGUAGAAGUCUUUUUACGCAGUUAUCCAGAACUGAGUAAGACUUGCGAUCGCCACAAAGAGCUGCUUUUCCAUAGGGCUAUCAGGGUCGGAAAUAUUGAGAUGGUUCGAAUAUUUUUGAAUCAUGGAGCGGAUACUGAGAUGAAAGGCGAUCAAGGACGUCGGGCAAUUCAUGUGGCGAUCUUCGCCGAGGACACGGGGUACGCCGCUGGGGCUGCUGUGGUUCUCCAGCUUCUACUUGCGCAUGGUGUUGCAGUUGAUGCAAAGGACAAUUAUGGCAGGACCCCCGAGUUUUACUCCAAUCAUCCAAAGACUAGAAUGAUAUUGCGUAACCAUGCAGGUACGCACCCAUAG